GCCAUCUCUGAACUUCGGAUCGACCGGAAAUAUUGCAACGAAAACACGUCAACAAACUCCAUAAAACAGCUGAAUUUUUCGACAGUUCAGCCUAAUAUCAAUGGGAUUUGGUCACUUGGAAGCAUGGGGAAAAUUAUAGUGGGGUAACGACUGUCUUGCCUUGUUGGUGCGUGAGCUGACCAAAUUAAAUCUGCAUGAUGAAGAAAGCAAGGGGGCCAAAACUCAGGCCCAAGUACCACUCCUUUUACCUGGCUCUAUUCUCCAUCAUCCUUGCUGGCAUCAUCGUGACUGGCAUCUUCCAGUUCUGGCCCCAUUCCAUCGAGUUGGAGAGGCAGCCGCGGUAUCACAUCGAAAGCUAUAAUAACCUCCAGGAGGUCAAGGUCUCGGAGGGGUCACCUCUGGGGGCAAAGACCGUGCAGGAGUGCCACUACCAUGAUUGUUUCGAUGUCUAUCGGUGCGGUUCGGACACCAACAGAAUCAGUGUUUACAUCUACCCCAUGAGGAAGUAUGUGGACGAGAGCGGGGUGCCAAUUACAGGGCAGAUAUCGAGGGAGUUUUAUGAAGUUCUCAAUGCUAUUGCAAACAGCCCGUUUUAUACGUCCAAUGCGGACCAGGCGUGUCUGCUGGUGCCGUCCAUUGAUUUGUUGAAUCAGAACACGAUGAGGGUGAAGGAGAUGGGACAAGUCUUGAAUCGACUCCCAAGAUGGAACGGAGGCACCAACCACCUCCUCAUCAACAUGCUCCCAGGCACCAUACCCGACUUCAACACAGCCCUGGACGUCCCCAGGGGUAACGCCAUCCUGGCUGGUGGGGGAUUCUCCUCCUGGACCUACAGGCCCGGCUACGAUGUCAGCAUCCCGGUCUUCAGCACGGCCAUGUCCACUGUCAAAAUGAGCGAGAGGCCGUUCGACACUGUGCGUCCCUACUUAGCCGUCUCCACACAAGCUGGUAUCCAUGAUGACUACAGAACCCAGCUUCUGACCAUAGCUAGCACCAACCCAGACUUCCAGGUCUUGGACGAAUGCAAGACUGAAGAAGGGCUGCCAGAUCCCUUCAAGAGAUGCCAGGACAACAAAGCUUUCAGCUAUCCUCAUAUAUUACAAGAUGCUACAUUUUGUAUAGUGCUACGUCGGACACGCCUUGGACAAGCUGCCCUCAGUGAUGCACUCCAAGCUGGAUGUAUACCAGUCAUCAUCAGUGACGCCUACAUCUUACCUUUCUCUGAAGUCAUUGACUGGAAAAGGGCAUCACUGGUUGUCAGAGAAGAUCGCAUCCCUGACCUUCCCGACAUCUUGCACUCCAUCGAGCUUGAGCACAUCCACCAGAUGAGACGGCAGGUCCGGUUUCUAUGGAAACGCUACUUCAGUAGCAUGGCUAACAUCACCCUGACAACGCUGCAGAUCAUCAAUGAUCGUGUCUUCCCGUACAAGGCUAAGGAUUACGAUUGGUGGAAUGAGCCGACUCCAAGGAGAGGUGCCCAGAACCCGCUGUUCUUUCCGAUCAUCCCUCCCAAGUCACAUGGCUUCACUGCCGUGGUACUCACCUAUGACAGGGAGCAGAGUCUCUUUGAGAUCAUCAAGCAAAUCUCGCAGACGCCAAGUCUCUCCAAGGUUCUGGUUGUCUGGAACCAUCAAGAAAAGACACCACCACCUGCUGAACGAUGGCCCAAGAUCAACAAACCCUUGAAGGUUGUUCAGACCAAAGAAAACAAACUAAGUAAUCGAUUCUAUCCUUACGAUGAGAUUGAGACAGAGUGCAUCCUUGCUAUCGAUGAUGACAUCAUCAUGUUGACACCGGAUGAGCUGGAGUUUGGUUAUGGGGUUUGGAGAGAGUUCCCUGAUCGUCUUGUAGGUUUUCCAAGCCGCCUUCAUCUAUGGGACGAGGCUCAUGGUAAAUGGAAGUAUGAAAGUGAAUGGAUGAAUGACCACUCUAUGGUUCUCACAGGUGCUGCAUUCUAUCAUAAGUAUUUCAGCUAUGCCUACACGCACAAGAUGUCACCGCACAUCAAGACAUGGGUGGAUGCCCAUAUGAACUGUGAAGAUAUCGCUAUGAACUUCCUCAUUGCUAACAUCACCGGAAAAGCACCCAUGAAGGUUACUCCCAGGAAGAAGUUCAAGUGCCCGGAGUGCACCAGCGUCGAGAUGAUCUCGGCCGAUCUGAAUCACAUGGUGGAGAGGUCGGAAUGUAUCAUGGAGUUUGAAAAAGAGUAUGGCAUGAUGCCUCUGAAGACUGUCCAGUUCAGAGCCGACCCGGUACUGUACAAGGACAACGUCCCUGAAGAACUGAAGCGGUAUCAUACUAUUGGGAGUUUGUAGGUGUGAGACAUUGAGCUGCAGUUCAGGGAUCGCCAUCGGCUGUAGAAAGACAUUCUUGAAGAAUCAGUUAAAACAUUGUUGUACUUGAGGAGGCAUUAUUCGUGAAGAAUUGCUUGAUGCUUCCAAAGACUGUUCAGUUCAGAGCAGAUCUAGUCAUCUUUAAGGACAAUGUCCCUGAAGAACUGAAGCGGUAUCAUACUAUUGGGUCUUUGUAGGUAUGUAACAUAUAUCUGCUGAUGCCGUUAAAGACUGUCCACUUCAGAGCCGACCCGGUCCUCUAUAAAGACAACGUCCCUGAAAAACUGAAGCAGCAUCAUACUCUUGGGAGCUUGUAGGUGUGAAAAAUAUUGCAGCAUUUCAAGGAUCACCCUUUCAUGCAAUUCAAGACUGUCUGUUUCACAGUUGUUCCUGUUCUCUAUAUGGACAACGUCCCUGAAGAACUGAAGCGGUGUCAUACCAGUGGGAGUUUGUAGAUGUAAGACAUGAAGCUGCAGUUCAGGGAUCCCGCAAGCAGUAGAAAGACAUUAUUCCUGAAGGAAUAAAACAUUGCUAUACUACACGGAACAGUAUUCCUGGAUUUUGCUUUAUGCUUUCAGAACACUGAAGAACUGAAAGUGAUAUCACGCCAUUGAGAAUUGUAGUCAGUACAUCAGUGGAUUCAUGCAGGGUCAUUUGUAUUUUGCAAGUAUAAGUUCAUCCCAGGUGGCCGUUUCAUAAAGCUGUUUGUAAGUUAAGAGUGACUUUAAGAACGACUGGUGAUCCUUUCUUGUGGUAAAUGAUAUUCACCAUUAAAAUGUUCAUUGGUGAUUAUUUAGCACGUAAGAAAGGUUCACCAGUCAUUCUUAAAAUCACUCUUAACUUAUAAACAGCUUUAUCAAACACCCAACAGGUUUAUAAGCUUGUCAACCUUCCCCAACAGAUGCGCAAUGCAGAAAUUUGUCAUCAAACUAAAUUGAUCACUAGUGUAGAUGACACCGUCAAAUAUUAUCAAUCUGGUGCUUGCCUCUUUUUGUGCCCCAAUUACCUUCAAACCUGCAAAACAUUAACUGUAUUUGGUGAAGGAUAAUAUUUAUUUACAUGUAUAUGUAUAAUUAUGGUUUAUUUAAUGUUUUGUCAAUCAUUGGACAUAAAGGGAAACUAAUACGUCGUUAUGUAAAUAGAAUUGACAAUUGAUGCUUCCACUGACUAUCCUUUUUUUGUAAUGAUGGCUAAUGCUAAUGCCAAAGUAUUACACUAUGGGAAGUAUUAGGAGAAAAAUAAAUUAUGGAGAUAAGGUAUCGGUGCAUCGUGCAGGUCUCAUGAGCAGUGUCAUUCAUAGAAAGCCUAGCAAGUAUAACGUGGAGAAGGUUUACGGUUCACCAUGUGGAAUAUGAAGAAGGGAAGGAAAUACAGGCAGAAAGGUUGAAAUUGAAAGACGAGAUGGGAUGAAAAGAGGAAAUUACAAGUAUUCUCUCUUGAAAGUGAGUGAAGUCCUGAAAAGGACUGUAAACCAGAUGAGAUGAGCUGAAUAUGGCUCGAGUAGCGAUAGUUUGAGUAGUAGCAGGAUGAAGUGAAGAGAGGUUACUUGACGUUUCGGGCAGGUUGACUGUCAGUCUUCAUAUUACACAUGGUAAACCUUCUUCACGUUAUAAACUCCACCAAGCAAACCUACAAAGAUCAUCCUAGCAAGUAUGUUCAUCAUAGUGAGCAGAAGAGUCUUGAAAACCAAUUUGAAUAUUGUUGGUAGAAACAAGAAACUGGCGGGUGUUUCAUAAAGCUGUUUGUAAGUUAAGAGCGACUUUAAGAACGACUGGUGAUCCUUUCUUGUGCAAAAUGGUAUAUUCAUUGGCGAUGGUUAACAUGGUUAAGCGCGUAAGAAAGGUUCACCAGUCGUUCUUAAAGUCGCUCUUAACUUACGAACAGCUUUAUGAAACGCCCACCAGGUAUCCCAAAGAACAUUGGGUUUAUCCACCACAGGAAUCAUGUUGCGACAGUAUUUGAAUAAUGCAUGUAUAAACAAUGAAGAAAUUUAUGGUCUUUUGUACCAUUAUGAUGAAUAGAAGUAGAAUAUUUUUUUUUAAUUAUAGAGAUCAGGGGCCCGUAACACAAAACUUAGCAAUGAUCGUUGAACAUUUGUCUACGAUUGAUUCCAAUGACUACACUGACAGACCUGCCAACCAGUACGUUUUAGCCGUAUUUAGUACGUUUUUUUUUUUUUUUUUUUUACUAAAUCGUAAUUUAUUGAGAAAAAUAAUCUCUAUAUGUCUCUAUUUCAUAAAACGUACACAAAUAUGGUUAUUAGAUCAAUGUAAUUUCAGGUAACUUUUUUUUUUUUUCAAUCAUUUUGUUAAAACCAGGGUGACGAUAUACACGCAUUUUAUUAUGAAAUACACUUUUUUGGGGAAAAAUACAGUUUUUUUUAAUCACAGAAUACAGUUUUUCAUUCCCAGAGGUUGGCAGGUCUGCACUGUACAAUCAAUCGUGAAAAUCAAGUGUACGAUCAAUCACUAACCUUUUUGUUACGGGACCCUGAUCAGUACAUAAUAACAUAAAGAACCAAUCUAUUGUUGGAUUGCCGGCAUUUUUAUGUCUAUGGCGGACUAUGUACAAAAUGUAAAGAUCAUAUCUCAUUAUGUUACAUCCCAGAUGAUUGAAGAGACACAUUUUUCUUACAUUAAAUGGUUAAAAAAAGGGAAGGAGGAUUACACUUACAGCUUUAGCGCACAAACACCAAAAUAUUGGUAAUGAAAUUCCAUGACCCACAAGUGUUUUUCUCAAAGGCUGGAGGGUGUAACAUAUAUAUAUAGAUACAUGCUAUGGAUCAUAACUUUUUUUUACCUAGUUUGUGUUAGGCUUACAAUUAUACUUGUGUAAUUGAUCGUAUUUGUUUGUGUUACAAGGCCUAUUUAUUGUCAUGCAUUUUGGCUCUCUACUGGAAGAGUUACUGCAUCACCUUGGUCUUAAACUUUUGCAAAUUAAUAUUUUCAUGUAAGCCAAGUAUUUAUGGAGAGAGGUUUAGCAAAUUAAGGCCAGUCAGAAAUGAGCAGAGAUGAAAUUACAUCAUCUCAGAUCCGAAUGCUUACUUGAAGGGGGUGGAAAAAUAAUUAUAUAGUACAAGGAAUGAAAGAUAUUAAACCUAUGUUUCUGUUUAAGAACUCAUCCAAUAUUUGCUUCGCAUUUUCAUUUUGGAAGCUUGCAGGAUCAAGAUGUACCCAUUUUUCUGGAAAUGCAUCAUAAUUUCAUAAUAUAUACAGAUACAUUAGUGAAAUAUUAAGGUGCACAAGAUAUAUAGGAAAAUGAAGGUGUAAUAUAAUCAGGAGACUUAACAAUGAAAAUACGAACGAUGAAUGCUUUGUUUUAUAAUAAAAUUUGUAUUUAUUACUCUCAA